AUGACACCAAAAUUUAAUAAAUUAGCAGAUGAAUUUGCUGACCCAAUUUAUGUUGGAAUAGAUGUUGAUGAACAUACUGUUAUUGAGGGAAAUAAUUAUGAGGAGCUGAGAAAAACAAUUGAAAGCAACAAAUGA